AUGGUCGCUAUUCAGAACCUUGGCCUUGCGGCUCUCGUGUGGCUCGGCCUCGCCAGCAAGGGACUUGCUAUGGGCAUCGAUGAGUCCACUGACGGUCUUUACCUCGUAGAGAGAGACGAGCCCGUACAGCUUGAGGCUCGUACCAGACAUGGUCGACCCGGAGAUGAUCCUCGUACCUGGGGACCCAAUGCAGGAGGCCCCAGACAGGGUGGCAAGAGGACCCGAAGCAUUGACGACUAUGAAGCCGAGCUUUUCACCCGUACCAGGCACGGCCGACCUGGAGAUGACCCUCGUACCUGGGGACCCAAUGCAGGCGGUCCCCGACAGGGCGGCAAGAGAACCCGUGAUUAUGAAGCUGAGCUCUUCACCCGCACCAGGCACGGCCGACCUGGAGAUGAUCCUCGCACCUGGGGACCUAACGCAGGCGGCCCUCGACAGGGCGGCAAGAGAACCCGUGAUUAUGAUGCUGAGCUCUUCACCCGUACCAGGCACGGCCGGCCUGGAGACGACCCGCGAACCUGGGGGCCUAACGCAGGUGGUCCUCGUCAGGGUGGUAAGAGAACCCGAAGCAUUGACGACUUCGAGAGCGAGCUUUUCACCCGCACCAGGCACGGCCGACCUGGAGACGAUCCUCGCACCUGGGGACCUAACGCAGGUGGCCCUCGACAGGGCGGCAAGAGAACCCGAAGCAUCGACGACUAUGAGGGCGAACUUUACGCCCGCGCACGCAACAGUCCCGGAUACCACCCUGCUCCCGUCCGUGGCGGUAGCCAACCUCGUAUCGGUGGGCACCGCGGGACUCGGGACCUGGAGGAGUUGGAGGAGUAA